GUCAGUAUACUAAAACACAAGAAGUGCCGCUGAUCCUCAGUGAGAUCUCCACUUUCCCCUCUGCCUUUCUAACUGACCUCUGGUGUCCACGCACCUAAUCCACGCACCAAAAGCGUCCGGUGAUGAGCGGAGCCAAACACCAUGGAUGUGCCACAUGAGGCGGACCGGAGAAACUGAAGGCACCGCUCAAAGUUUGACAGACAGACACCACCGUGACAGUGACUGAGAAAGCGCUCAACUUUAUUAAGCGUGUUUUUCUGCUUACCUGAUACUUUUUGCUCGCCGCCUGUCUGUUGGGAUUGCUUGGAUUCCGCGGUGUUUCUUUAUAUGUUCAGCCGGGGAGACGUGUAGUGGGGGUUUUUUUUUCGGGGUGGUCCGCUGUAAGGAAGGUGACAUGCAGGUUCUUGGUUGGAGCAUAGUUCUCUUCUGCCAGUGGAUCCUACAGAAGGUCCAGGGGUUAGAGAAGCAGGUCGACUUCUCAGACCUAGGUCCAGUGGGGUCAGUGAUGAAGACAUUUCCAUAUGGCACAGUGGGAGGAAAAACAGGAGGAGUGGUUAAAAAUCCGUAUCAAACCCGCGUCUUUUCCACGUCCAUUGAUCAGACCCCCAUGAAAACCAAGCCACCCACCUACAGUUUCUUCAACCCAUAUGACUCGGCCCGGAACCAGUCCCUGCUUCUGGAUCAGACAGGCUACCGCUCCAAGCGCAAACCUUCACUAAAGACAGCCAUGAAGACCAAGAAAAUCUUUGGCUGGGGGGACUUCUACUUCAAUGUCAAGACCAUGAAGUUCAGCUUGUUGGUAACGGGGAAGAUUGUGGACCACAUCAACGGGACGUUCACCGUUUACUUCCGUCACAACUCCUCCAGCCUGGGUAACGUGUCGGUCAGCAUUGUGCCACCGACCAAAGUGGUCGAGUUCGAGGUUCUGCAGCAACAGCCACUCCACCCCCACACCCAGCAGGAUAUCCAGAUCCAGGAGACCCAACAGUCCACCAUUGACCCCAAAGAGGUAAAGACCUUUAACUGCCGGGUGGAGUAUGAGAAAACCAACAGGUCCAAGAAGCCCAAACCCUGCCUGUACGACCCGUCUCAGACCUGCUUCACGGAACACACCCAGUCCCAUGCUGCCUGGCUCUGUGCCAAACCCUUCAAGGUGAUCUGCAUCUUCAUCUCUUUCUUUAGCAUCGACUACAAGCUGGUUCAGAAAGUGUGUCCGGACUACAACUUCCAAAGUGAGCACCCUUAUUUUGGAUAAGCAAGACUGAGCUGAAAAAAGGAGGAAAAAAAGACAAUAAUAAUGAAGAAGAUAAUGAUGAUAAAAAACGGAUUCCAGUGAAGAGGCAGGGGACAGUUUUUUGCCUCUCAAUUGCUGUGAAUUGUGGAUUUAAAUAAAAUAUAAUCAGAGUUAUGGAUGGUUAGGAUAUGGCUGAUUUCUGACUUAUUUUCCAACUUUGUAUUUACUUCUGUUUUUAUUAGAUUUCUUUCUGUAAAUAAUGUACUCCACCUCAGCACACUUAUUGUUUUUAGAUAUUUGUUUCUCUGUGUUAUUACUUUUUGCAGUUUGAGACCUCUGUUGAAAACUGCUGGGAUCAGUGUGUCCUCUGCGGCGGCAGUGCUGUAUGGCAGACAUAAUGUAAUGGUAGACUGACUGUUAAUCAUCCUCUCAGCUUUACAUUUCAAACCCUGGAUAUAAAGAGAGUUAUAUGUAUGAGAAAUGCUAUGCUGGAUACAAUAUACUGUAUGAAAAAGCACAUUAAAAUCUCUUAAAAUGUC